UUGUUUGGGGGCUGGUUGAUUUUGAAUAGGGAAGAUGGCAACCGCGGCAGUGGUUGAGUUUCAGAGAGCUCAGUCUCUCAUUACUACGGACAGUAAUGCCUCCAUCGAUAUUUUACACUCAAUAGUGAGGCGAGAUGUCCAGCAGGAUGAUGAGGAGGCCGUCAGGGUCAAGGAGCAGAGCAUCCUCGAGCUGGGACAGCUGCUGGCCAAGACUGGCCAGGCUGCAGAGCUGGGUGGGCUGCUGAAGUUUGUGAGGCCUUUCCUCAUCUCCAUCAGCAAGGCCAAGGCGGCGCGGCUGGUGCGCUCCCUGCUCGACCUCUUCCUGGACAUGGAGGCGGCCACGGGCCAGGAGGUGGAGCUCUGCCUGGAGUGCAUCGAGUGGGCCAAGAAUGAGAAGAGGACCUUCCUCAGACAGGCCUUGGAGGCCCGUCUUGUCUCACUGUAUUUUGACACCAAGCGGUAUCAGGAAGCCCUGUCACUCGGCUCUCAGCUGCUGCAGGAGCUGAAGAAGAUGGACGACAAGGCCCUGCUGGUGGAGGUGCAGCUCCUGGAGAGCAAGACCUACCACGCACUCAGCAACCUGCCCAAGGCCCGCGCCGCGCUCACCUCCGCCCGCACCACCGCCAACGCCAUCUACUGCCCCCCCAAGCUGCAGGCCGCCCUCGACAUGCAGUCAGGAAUCAUCCAUGCGGCCGAGGAGAAGGACUGGAAGACGGCCUACUCUUACUUCUUUGAGGCCUUCGAGGGCUAUGACUCCAUCGACAGCCCCCGUGCCGUCACUGCACUGAAAUACAUGCUCCUCUGCAAGAUCAUGCUCAGCCAGCCAGAAGAUGUCCAGGCUCUGAUCAGUGGCAAACUUGCACUCCGGUAUGCUGGAAGACAGACAGAUGCACUGAAAAGUGUAGCACACGCCAGCAAGAACAGAUCAUUAGCUGACUUUGAGAAGGCUUUGAGAGACUACAAAAGCGAGCUGAGGGACGACCCCAUCAUCAACACGCAUUUGAACAAGCUGUAUGACAAUCUGCUGGAGCAGAACCUCAUCAGAGUCAUCGAGCCCUUCUCCAGAGUACAGAUCACACACAUAUCUUCACUCAUCAAACUGUCAAAGGGGGACGUGGAGAAGAAACUAUCACAGAUGAUUCUGGAUAAGAAAUUUCAUGGUAUUCUGGACCAGGGUGAGGGGGUUCUGAUCAUAUUCGAAGAGCCUCCAGUGGACAAAACCUACGGGGCGGCCUUGGAGACCAUUCAGAACAUGAGCAAAGUGGUCGACUCACUUUACAACAAAGCAAAGAAGCUGACAUAGGACCAGUGUCCGGAUUGCAGCUAAGAGGGACAGAGUGUAUGUACUGUGUGUGAUGUGUGUGUGCGUCUGCGUGUGUGUGUGAAUGUGUGAGGCCAACACGUGGAACCUUUUCUUGUGGGGAGGAAGGACGUCAACAAGCAGCAUUUGAGGAAAAAAAAAAAUCAAAAACAAACUGCAAGGGGAGUCUCCACCCCCCACAACUCCCCCCUCCCACCUGAGAGUUUUUAACACCUCCAAUGGACUUCAACAAAUUAUAUACAUCCCUUUAUUUCUUUCUUUUCUUUCACUUGUUUUCCGCUCAGUGUUCUUCUCAAUGUAUCUCAACGGCCAUCCUUGGCCAUCAGGGAUUGAACUUACAGCCACAAUAAAAGAUAAAGCAGUAAUCAUAUAUCAACUGUAUAAAUCUCGUACAGAAUACAUACAUGUCAGUCUUAUGUACAGAGGUGCAAUACACAAAUCAACCACCAGGAGGACCUUGAACGUU